AUGAGAUAAAAAUUAUAACUUAAAGGAGACAAUUCACUUUCUUAAUCAGCCAUAUAAAGAAGAAAUUCAAAUUAAAGAUAUAAAUCUCCUAUAUAAGGAAGAAAAUUAUUUUUAAGUCAUGUAAUUUAGACUCCAUUAAGUUAAUAAUAUGGAUAGACUCAGCAAUAAUAAUAAUAAUAACAAUAAUAAUAAUAAUAACAAAUUAUAUAGGGAAGAUCACAUAGUUAAUCAAAUGUAGUAUUUUAAGAUGAAAUUCCAUAAAAAUGGCCAAUAAUAUAAUUACCAUUUUUAAAGAAUACUGAGCCUACAAUAUUUUUUUAGUAUCCACCAGUUUGUGAAGAUAAAAGACCUUUAGUAAAUGCAAGACCUAUGACAGAAGAAGAAAUUAAGAAAUAUUCAUUAACAUGUAAGGUAUUAGGAUCUGCUCCAUAUAAAUGUGUAUUAACAUCUUUUGAUUGGGCAGGUUUUAAAAGAAUUGAUGAAGAAGAUGAAGAUGAAGAAUGGAAUGUUUAAUGGGGAAUAGGAAAUAAAACUACUUUAAGAAAUAUGAAUAGAUAUUAGAAAAUUAAUCAUUUUCCUGGAUGUUGGAAUAUGGGUAGAAAAGAUUUAUUGUGGUUAAAUUUAAGUAAAUUUAAAAGAAAAUACCCUAAAGAAUAUAAUUUUAUUCCAAAUACUUAUUUAUUGUAAUAUGAUUUUGAUAGAUUUAUAAUGGCUUAAGAAUCUGCAUAAAAAGAUACUUUGUGGAUUAAAAAACCAUGUGCAGAUUCUAGAGGAAGAGGUAUAACAAUGGUAAGCAAAAAGUCAAAGGUAAAAAAAGAUAAAAACUUUUUAAUAAUGGAUUAUAUUUAUAAUCCUCAUUUAAUAAAUGGAUUUAAAUAUGAUUUAAGAGUAUAUGUAUUAAUAUCAUGUUUUGAUCCUUUGAGAGUUUAUAUGUAUAAGGAUGGUUUAGUAAGAUUUGCUACUCAGAAAUAUUCUACAAAUUCAAAGGAUCUAACUAAGAGGUAUAUUCAUUUAACAAAUUUUGCAGUGAAUAAAUUAUCACCCAAUUUUGUUAAGAAUUAAAACACUUAAAAAGAUGAUGAAGGAUCAAAGUGGUCUCAUCAUGCUUAUAGAAAGAAAUUAGAUGAAUUAGGAAUUGAUUCAAGAGAACUAUUUAAUAGAAUUAAAGAUGUAGUUUUAAAAACAUGUAUUGCAACAGAACCAUUUAUGUUGGAUAGCAAUGCUAAAUCUCAAGAACAUAGAAAUGGGUAUUUUGAAUUAUAUGGAUUCGAUGUAUUAAUUGAUGAAAAUCUAAAACCAUGGGUAUUAGAGGUUAAUGUUUCUCCAUCUCUAAAUUCUAGUUCACCUCUUGAUAAAAAGAUUAAGACUUCAUUAAUAUCAGAUGUGUUACAUUUAGUUGGAGUACCUCUUUGGGAUAAAAAGAAUUACAAAAUUGCAUCUCCUCCAAAGUAUAAUUAAAGGAAUAUAAAAGAAAUCCCAAAUAUCAAUACUUCUAAUUGUUUGAAUAAAUUAUCAUAGAAUGAUUUUAAUAUGCUUAUUAAUACUGUUGAAGAAGUAAAAAGAAGAGGAAAGAACUUUUCGUGUGUAUUUCCAAAUCCUAAAACAAUUCACUAAUAUAUGAAUCUAUUUGAAUUUCCUAGAUAUAAUAAUAAACUAAUUGAACGCUUUUAUUAAGAUAGAUGUAAUUGGUUGUCUAGAUUUAAUUGA